ACACAAUGCCCCAAAGUGUUGGGCAAGGGAGAAAGUGGUGUACAUCCAUUCAGUCUACCCAGUAACGUCAGGAAAAAGCAGAUUGCUACCGCUGCGUGACGGUCUUGGCACCUCUGCCCAGGCUCCAGCCUUCAGCCCCAGCCUUGUGCAUCUUUGGUGAUUCACCAUGCGGUUUUUCCUGGCCUGCUGUCUCCUUGGUGCUCUCCUAGCUACAGGCACCUGUCUUGAGUGUCCUUCUUGCAUUGGUCAUGGAAGCAGUUGUAGUGGUGAUAUGAUUACUUGCGACGCUGAUGAAGACACAUGCAUAAUCCAACUGAAGGAGUUCACACAGCUUCCUACAACAUUGAGAUUCAUAAACAAGGGAUGUAGCAAAUCCAGCACUUGCAAACAUGAUGUGGCUGAAGCAAAUUUAGGAAGAGGAUUUUAUCUGAGAUCAAGAAGGGUCUGCUGCAUUGGGGAUGAGUGUAAUAACAUUUUGAGUCCUGUGCUGCCACCACCAGACACCAAACCCAAUGGGUACCACUGUCCUGGAUGCGCUGGAGUGUUCUCAUCUAAAUGUCAUGCAGAGUCUGUUCCCUGUGUCGGAUCGCAGAACCAGUGUACUGAACUCGCAGGGAAUUUUACAGGAAUAUUUUUAACCACAGAAUUUGGUGUCAAGGCCUGUGCUACUGAGGCUUUCUGUGCCAUGUCUGCAGCAGGUAUCAAGAACUUUGCACACCUGGGUGUAGCGAUGUCUAAGCAAAAGUGCAUUCCAGCAUCCAAGAUUUCCACCUAAGCUCCAUAACCAGUUGACUUCUCCAACCCAGAAUGUCAUCACCAUCCUUCUUAUUGAAAUAGCCUGUCUUAUUUGAUAACCUCUCAUUUGAAGGCUUGGCUCUUAACUCCCACACUGAUUGAUUGAUUGAUUGAUUGAUUGAUUGAUUGAUUGAUUGAUAAGUUUUUCCUAGAGUCAAAUUCAUUAAAAAAAGCCUCUUUUAAACCA